CGCUGCUCUGCCGCCCAGGCCCAUGGCCGCAUCCCUGGCGCUCGUGGCGGGGGUCCUGGCGGGGGCGGUGCUGCCCCUCUGGAGCGCGCUUCCGCAAUAUAAAAAGGUGAGCCGGGGAGCGCGCCCAGCCCGCCGCGACCGCAGGAGAGGGUGGCCCCGCCGCCGGGGCAGUGGAGCCCGAAGGCGCCGGGCAGCCUUAAAGGGAGAGAAAAUCACAGACAGGUGCUUCCACCACUCUGAGUGCUACAGUGGCUGCUGCCUCAUGGACUUGGACUCUGGUGGAGCCUUCUGUGCCCCCAGGGCCAGAAUAACCAUGAUCUGCUUGCCCCAGACCAAGGGAGCUACCAACAUCAUCUGCCCUUGCCGGAUGGGCUUGACGUGCAUAUCCAAGGACUUGAUGUGUGUCCACCGGUGCCAUAUGAUUUAGAGGAAGAUGCAGGCUGGUGACUGCUCCCUUGGGGCCGUAGGCCCUGGGUGCCACCAACUUGCUCCAAAUCCAGCUCCUGAGACAUUAAAGUCACUUCCUGUC